AUGAAAUCCUCCACCAACUGUGGGGAAAUGGUCAAAUGCCACCUGGAUGUUGAGAAUUCACGCCAGUUCAACAAAGUAGGCAUUCAGGAUUUUGUGAAACGUUACAGGGGAAAAGAAAUGAUGGAUUGGCGAAAUGAGCGAGAGUGGCGCUGUGCCUCAAAUUUGAAGACAUUCAGCAUGGAACGUGGUGGCGAAAUGCCAUCUGGACACGUCUCGGGCUGCAAGCAGACGGUCGGUGUCGGCCAACCGUAA